AUGCCAAGAUUGGAGGAUUGGGAGAUUUCUAAGUACUGGCAGAUCUUUCAGGGAUUGAAGCCCGUUGAUAACAAAGUAACUGGAGAUAGAGUAUCACCUGUCCUUAAGAACUCCAGAUUGACAGAUGAUCAGCUUUCUCAGAUAUGGGAAUUAAGUGACAUUGAUUCAGACGGUAAGUUGGACUUCGAGGAAUUUUGUAUCACGAUGAGAUUAAUCUUUGACUUAGUCAACGGAUCAAUUUCCUCUAUUCCUCUGGAACUCCCCAAUUGGUUGAUUCCGUCUUCCAAGGCUCAUUUAAUUCAAGCCAAUAGAGCAGUGACCUCUAAUGGAAAUAAUUUCAAUACAUCGACUGAUGACUACGACGAGGAUGAAACACUUAGCGAUGAUUUUGACUGGUAUAUUACUCCUACGGACAGACUGACAUACGAAACUAUUUACAACGCAAAUUGUGAUUCAUACGGAAGAGUGAAAUUUGACUCUCUUGAUAAGUUAUACGAUACAUUAUCAAAAGUACCGAAGAGCGACGUAUCAUCGGCUUGGAAUCUAGUGAAUCCUAAGUCAUCGGAAGCAAUAGACAAGGACCAAGUAUUGGUUUUUUUACACAUAUUAAAUCAACGAGAAAAUGGUAGAAGAAUACCUCGGGGAGUUCCUGCCUCGUUACGUGCAACUUUUUCGAAAGAGCAACCAAGCUAUGACAUAAAUUCUGUCACUCAUCUUCAGCCACAGAAGACUAGCAGUAAUGGCAAAAAAUCGUUCGCUAAUGAUUAUUUAACUAAAAUUGGGCAAUCAAGCAGUAUCAGAGAAAGAGGUACAGACUUCUCUGCAACUGAGGGGACUGACUGGGAGGUGGUUAGAUUAAAAAGAGAAUUGAAUGAUCUUGAAUCUCUAUUACGCGAAGUACAAAGGGAUACAAAGAAAGAUAAUACUAUGGAAAGCUCAAUAACAAAGCAUGAAUUUGAGCAGUUAUUAAAGUUCAAGGAAAGUCAAUUGAAAAACUUAAGUGCUGAUGAAAACAAGUCCAAAGACUUGGUAAAUGUCAAAGGUGACAUCGAAUUGAUUGAAUCUCAAGUGACAACGCUAGAGGAUUUUUUGAAUCAAAAAACUCAAGAAUUAUCUAAAAUACGUGAUCAAGUACAAGCUUUGCGUACUUAA